CGCUUAGUGUCUGGUUGUCUCCCGCCGCCGCCGCUGCCAGCCCCGUCGUCUCUGUGUGUCUGUGAGCCGGGUCUUGUGGCCAUGGCGGGGGGUCGGUCUGGCGCGGCUCCCCGCCCUUCUGGCCCUUCCUUCUUCCCUGUGCCGUGUCCCCUUGGGCUGGCGGCGCUGACGCUGCUGUCGCUGGCGGUGCUGGGGAGCCACCGAGGGGCCCAAGCUUUAUUGUGUUUGUGUUCGGACUGCAAUGAAGCCAACGCCACAUGUGAAACAGACGGUGCCUGCAUUGUCUCCAUAACAAAUGUGAAUGGGCUAAAGCAUCAUGUCCGAACAUGUAUCCCUAAAGGAAAGCUGAUUCCUGCUGGAAAACCCUUCUUUUGCCUGAGUUCAGAAGAUGUGCGCAACACACACUGCUGCUACUCAGAUUACUGUAAUAAAAUUGAUCUCUUGGUACCUAGUGGUCAUCGAAAAGACGACGAUACUCCUCCUGGAUGGGGACCUGUGGAGCUGGUGGCUGUGAUUGCAGGACCAGUCUUCCUUGUGUUCGUCAUUAUACUCAUAGUGGUUUCUGUUUUUCACCAUCACCAACGAGUAUACCACAAUCGUCAGCGUUUGGACAUGGAGGACCCAUCUUGUGAGAUGUGCCUAUCCAAGGACAAAACUCUGCAAGAUCUAGUAUAUGAUCUAUCUACCUCUGGCUCUGGUUCAGGUUUGCCUCUCUUUGUCCAGCGCACUGUGGCUCGAACUAUAGUCUUGCAAGAAAUCAUUGGCAAAGGUCGUUUUGGGGAAGUGUGGCGUGGUCGAUGGCGUGGUGGUGAUGUAGCUGUGAAAAUCUUCUCUUCACGAGAAGAACGCUCCUGGUUCAGGGAAGCAGAGAUCUACCAGACUGUCAUGUUGCGCCAUGAGAAUAUUCUGGGAUUUAUUGCUGCAGACAACAAAGAUAAUGGCACUUGGACUCAAUUGUGGUUGGUCUCUGAUUACCAUGAGCAUGGCUCUCUAUUUGAUUAUCUCAACCGAUAUACUGUAAACAUAGAAGGGAUGAUUAAAUUGGCUCUGUCUGCUGCCAGUGGACUAGCACAUCUGCACAUGGAGAUUGUUGGUACCCAAGGAAAGCCUGGGAUUGCACACCGAGACUUGAAAUCCAAGAAUAUACUAGUGAAGAAGAAUGGAACAUGUGCCAUUGCAGACCUGGGUCUAGCUGUCCGCCAUGAUUCUGUUACUGAUACAAUUGACAUUGCUCCCAAUCAGAGGGUUGGAACCAAACGUUACAUGGCCCCUGAAGUUCUUGAUGAAACUAUAAACAUGAAACAUUUUGAUUCGUUUAAAUGUGCUGAUAUCUAUGCCCUGGGCCUAGUUUACUGGGAAAUUGCUCGCAGAUGUAACUCAGGAGGUAUUCAUGAAGAAUAUCAGCUCCCAUAUUAUGAUCUUGUGCCCUCUGACCCUUCCAUCGAAGAAAUGAGAAAGGUUGUAUGUGACCAGAAGCUACGGCCCAACAUUCCCAAUUGGUGGCAGAGUUAUGAGGCUUUGCGUGUAAUGGGAAAAAUGAUGCGAGAGUGCUGGUAUGCUAAUGGGGCAGCACGGUUAACAGCCUUGCGCAUCAAGAAAACUCUUUCUCAGCUCAGCGUCCAGGAAGAUGUGAAAAUUUAACCUGCAAGCCCCAUCCAGAGGAAACUGCACAAAAGCUGCCAUGCUAGGACUGAUAUAUGGUGAAGAAGGCCUACCUCGUAUUUCUGUACAGCCUGCUGCUAUCAACUGGACAACAUGGUUUGCAGGUGGUUAGUUGAGGAAGGUGGACUUCAUAGACUAAGCUCUCUUCCUGGUUCAGGAGUGAACUGCAUCUUUUUCUAGCCAUCUCUUGAGAGUGUGAAGAGGGGAUGGUAUAGGUGGAUGUUGGCCACAACUGCAACCUUUGUUUCUCUGGAGGAAAUCCCUGUAAAUUCUAGUGACAUGCUGGUUGGGGAAAUCCUUCUGGCUUGGGAGAGGAAAUGACAGAAAGGUGUGUGUGGGAAGAGGGAGGUUCUUAUGGACUGGACAUGUACCCACACGUCUUGUGUGCGCCCUUGUCUGUCCAUGUGAAGUGCUUGGCCCUUUUCUAGCUUGACAGAUCAGAAGCCGGCGCAGCUAUUAGUCUUCAACAAUGUGUGCAUGUGCGAAGGUACGUGUCCCUGUGCCUCCUAGGUAUGUAUUGUGCCCGCUUGUGCUCCUGUGCAUGUGAAAAGUGUAGUGACCCCUUGUAAUGUGCAGGUGCUCUUGCCCUCUUCUUCCACUAGUUGAACAUUAGCAAUCUGUCUUCUCACCAGGGGAGAGAGAGUGGUGUGCCCUGCCAGUUGUGAGACCUAUGGGGGCACUACACAAAUUGUCUCACUGCCAUCCCUCCCUUCCUUUGCAAAGCAGGAAAAAGAUUUUGUUGUUAUUUAGUUGCAAGGUUCCCUUGGAACAAUAAUGCCAGGCUGUAGCCAUUGUCUGGCAACCAGAGUGAUCUACAGAAGGACUGAACGUCAUCUGAAAUUGGUGCUGGUCCCACUGUAAAGGAUGUAAGGCAAAAGAAGGGCAAGGGAAAGAGACUGCCCCUGAUAGGAGCAUUGUCCUUCCAUUUCUCAAGGUGCCUUUGGCAGAGCAAUUCUAGCAUUUUAAAUUUCUCAAGAUGAAGCCAGAAUAGGAAAAUAUGCUUUCAGAGACUUUAAGAUUUGCUCAUUGAGGAAUUAUGACUACCAUUUUUAGUGUGUGUGUGUGUGUGUGUGUGUGUGUGUGUGUAAAUAUACACACACACACACACAUAUAUAUAUAUACACAUAUAUAUAUGGUCUCCCAUAUUAUAGGAGUGACUUUAGAGUCAUUCGGGGAAGAGGGUGGGGAAAAGUUGGGAAAGGAUUAAUUGCAUGCGUUUUCUUUCAAUUAAAUGAUCAGGGUGUAGUAAGACUAAUUUGGCUGUCCCAUUUGUGUUAGGAACAGCCUGAGAGACUGUAUUAUGUUGCAAAUAAUGCAUUAAAACUCCAUUGUGUGUGGAUUGGGUUGGGUGUUUGUGGUAGAUAUCUCCUGAAGCCAUAAUUUUUAACUGGAGUGAUUUGAUUAAUUUUGUUUAAUUCUUAUUUUAAUGGGUGGGUCUGAAUUUUAACUUUUUUUACUAUUCUUUAUAAGAGAAGUAAAAUUCAUAAUUACCUCUCAUUCUGUUUAUAAAGAAAUCACUGCAAAAAAUCUGAAAAAAUGCACACAGCUCAAUUUUACACUGGAACUGUUUCUACUCAAAUCAUGAACCCUGAUGUCUGAGAGGAGGUGUCUCCACUCUGAGUCAGGAUGUUUUUAAGAAUAUAUAACAUUCUGUGUCUGCAGUCUGUGUUUGUGUGGAUGUUUGUCUUAAUGUGUACUUCUCCCCACCCCGCCCUGAGCCCCUUUUCUUAUGUCCUCAACUGUGGAAGUGUGUGAGGCUGAAGAGUCACGUAGCGUAUUGUCAAUUUUACAUUCUUCGUUUGGUUUGAAACAAGCUGUUGUUUCCUCCCAGGGUGUGUUUCGAAAAUCUCAGGUGCUACCAUUCAUGGAAGGAGAUACAGAGUUUGUGCCUCUGAUUGUAAAACAUGCCUUCCUCGGUGAAUUGUUUUGAUAAUUUCUGAGCCAGAGGGUACCACACACUUCCUGCAAAGGGACACAGCUGAAGCAAAAUCAUUCAUCCAUUUCAUGUCUAAGAAAAAAACGAAAACUUGAAGUUUCUCUGGAUUGCGCAUAUAAAUGAGAAAUGGUUUGUGUAUUUGGUUUAUGACACUGGAAAUUUUUCGAAGUACCUAAGAGAUUUAAAUCAGGUGAAGUGGUGAUAGGACAUUCAUGUGCUCAUAAUUACAUUGUUGAACACUCCUUUGUUUAAAAUAAAAUAUCUAAAGAGCUAUUGCACUUUUAAAAGUCCUUGGUGUUAAUGGUUUGAAGAAAUAGGAAAGUAGUAGGGGCUGAGAAAUUAACUUGGGUCUGAAAGGCUCACCUUUCUCUUAGGCACAUUCUUUUUGAGCUUUCCCCCCUCCAAGACAUUAAUAAUUUUUGAAAUCAUCUGUCAUGUUUCUGACUUGUGCUCUCUUCCCAUGAUAUUGUAAGUGUACAACCUAGAGGUAGAUUCUCUGGCUAGACUGAAGGAUGCAUCCAUUUAAACUCAGGUUCUUCCUACAUGCCAGCUAGCCAGGCAAGAGUCUAAAUAUUUUUUUCAGUUAUGCUUCCAGAUAAAGGCAAUUUGAAUGUGCGUGCAAUUCAUCUAAUUGAUGUCUUGAAACAACUUGCUACUCACAUGUAUGAGUGCACACACAUUGUCUAUAUAGAUUUGUUGUCACCUGUUAUUUCCUCUGCUGCAUUGCAUCUAAGAGAUGCAGUCAGUAUCACAGAUACUUGCUGUUAGUAUAAAGGAUUUAUCCAUAUGCACAACUAGUCUUUGAGAGAGGGAUGAUCUCUGUGUCUUUUUGGAUCACUCCUUCUCCAAAGAGCUUUGGAGCAGAAACACAGGCAUCAAUUUGGUCACUCCCAGUCUGCAACCCUAUCAAGAAAAGCAAGACAGCUAAAGGAAAAGUGUUAUAAAGGCACCAGGGCAUUUCCACACGGGCAUGGGAUGGUGCUCAUUUAGGACAUGUCUUUAUUCCGACAUGAAAUAGAGGCAUGUCCAGUGACAAGUGGGAGUUAGCUGUAGGGUAAAACCCAAUUGUGUUAGUCAUUGCAUGGUUUUCCCUUCUAAAUAUAAGUAAAAUAAAUAUAAAAAAUUAAGAGAUAUACAUAAUUUUGCAGCUAUCAGCCAAAAUCAUUUUAAACACUAACCAAGGGUAUCUGAGAGAAUAACAAAACAAUAGCCAUAGCUAAAAAACAAAAUAAUAUUUAUUUAUUUUUAGUUAAAUAAUCACAGUAACCCAAUGUCAUGAAGUGGAAUUCCAGUUUUGGAUUCAUUUGAGAAACAACAAAGUGGAUCUUAUCUUGGCAUCCUACAAUGGAAGAGUCUGGCAGUAUCAAAUUUCCAAGGGAAAAAAGAGUUCAUUUAAUCUUUUUCAAAUUUAGAUGAUGGAAGGUGUGGGUUCUUGGCAGGUAGCACACUGGCUUCAGAAUAAAUAGUUAUUGGUACUAUUGUCUGUCUCUUCUCCAACUCCUUUCUUCCCUCUUUUGUCAUCCUGUCCCUGGCUCCUACUUGACCUUCAUAUUUGUUUCAGGUUUUGUACGUUUUAUUAGAAAAAGACUGUAAAAUAGCCACUUAGACACUUUACCUCUUCAGUAUGCAAAUGUAAAUACAUGUAAUAUAGGAAAGAUCUUUUGUUUUAAUAUAAGAAAGAGGCUGUCCAAUUUUCUGUUGUACAUUAUUAAAGGUUUGUUUUUAUUCA